UCGGCCGUUUCCGGAAGCGUUCGGGAAUCUUCGGGAGCGGCUUUAAAGGGGCGAGCGGAGCGGGGCGUCCCGGGCUGAGAGAAGAAAGAGGCGGCGACGGAGGUCCUGGCUCUCGGUCUCAUCCUCCGCGAUGCUCGCCGACAGUUUGGUGGAAGAGUUCGAGAUCCGCGAGGAUGAGCCUUGGUACGACCAGCAGGACCUGCAGCAAGAUCUCCAUCUUGCUGCUGAGCUUGGGAAGACGUUGUUGGACCGGAACACCGAGUUAGAAACUUCUCUGCAGCAGAUGUAUUCUACCAAUCAAGAACAACUGCAGGAAAUAGAGUAUCUUACAAAGCAAGUGGAACUUCUGCGUCAGAUGAAUGAUCAGCAUGCCAAAGUUUAUGAGCAGCUUGAUGUUACUGCCAGAGAACUAGAAGAUACUAAUCUAAAACUGGUUGCCGAUAGUAGAUCCUCACAGCAAAAGAUACUAAGCUUAACAGAGACAAUCGAAAGUCUUCAAACACACAUUGAUGACCUCCAGAGGCAAGUGGAGGAGUUGAAGAAUUCUGGGCAAGGCCUUGUGAACCGUGAAAGGUCUGAGCAGCCAAGAUCCGUUCACAGUUUUUCAUGUCUAAAGGAACUGUACGACCUUCGCAAGUAUUUUGUUUAUGAUCAUAUCUUUGCGGAAAAGAUUACCUCAAUGGACAGUCAGCUAAGUCCUCUAGAGGAAGAAAACCAGAACCUAAAAAAGGCGGUAACUCUCUUGCAAGCUCAGCUCGGUCUGGAAAAAGAGAAGAGGAUGACCAUGGAGGAAGAGUAUAGUCUCAUGCUGAAGGAGAAUUGUGAUCUUGAACAAAAGCUGAUGGAUGUUGAUCUGUACCGAGCCAGAGCUGAAGAGCUGGAGGUAGAAGUGGCAGAAAUGAAGCAAAUGUUUCAGUCUGAAAACACAUUUGUUAAUGGGGUGGAAAAGCUUGUUCCAGAGUCCUUCUUCAUUUCCUUUAAAGACUCUAUAGAGAGAGAGCUGAGUCAGAGCCCUUCAGAUGGCUUGCCUUUUGCUGUCCCAGAACUUGACAAACGGGCUCUUAAAAGAAGCAGCAGCGAGACCUUCCUUGCUAGCGGCGCAGGUGGGGACCUUCUAAAAGGCCACGAAGAAACCUGUAUUCGACGGGCAGAAGCUGUGAAGCAAAGGGGCAUUUCUCUACUUAAUGAGGUGGAUGCACAGUAUAAUGCUCUGAAAGUCAAGUAUGAGGAGCUCCUGAAGAAAUGUCAAAUGGACGAAGAGUCGCUGAAACAUAAGGCUGUGCAGACCUCAAAGCAGUACUCCAAAGAUGUAAAUGUGGGGAAUGUAUCCUCGGACCCAUGUACUAGAGCACCCGCUUCUACAAGUGCUGACCCAAACUGCUUAUCUCCAAGUAGUCCACCUGAAUACAAACUUCUCUUUAAGGAAAUCUUCACGUGUAUCAAGAAAACCAAACAGGAAAUAGAUGAACACCGGGCAAAGUAUAAAUCUUUCUCUUCUCAGCCUUAAUUUCUUUCUUAAUGAAUGUACACGUUAAUAUUGCAUUAGGAAACAACUUGUUCUUGAAAUUGCCCUUUAACGUUUUGUAUGAAAUACGAGAUUGCAUGUUUGUCUUUUCCCAGGGUAUGAGUAGGGUUUUUUUUGGUUAGGGUCCACCAGGAUAGUUACGUCCAUUUGGAACCAUUGAUUCCACUAUAUUGUAACCCAAGUUGCUCAGGGUCAGUUACUGACACUCUUUAAUGAGCAAAGCUGAAUUAAUAAGCUUUCUCUAUAUGUAAUUUCACCCUAAAUUGCUUAUUUAAUGGUUUGAAAUAACUGCUGUAGUCAAUUUGUAAGAGAUACGAGAACCAAGCAGUAGUUUCGUAUGUACAGAGUUGUCACUAUUGAAAGCCUGGGCUUAGAUUUUUUUUCCCCCUGUGUCACGUGUUGAAAAUUAGAAAGUCUUAAGUAGUAUUCAGUGGCAAUUCAGAUGCCAAGCAUGGUGUACCUUUACGUUGUUUACAAGACUGGCACUACUUUUAUUUAUUUUUCUCUCUGAUUUAAUGUUUGGCUCUGAAUAUUGUAUGCUUUCGUCAGAAAUACUAUUGUAGAAGACUAUGGCAAACAAUUCCAGACAGAUCAGCUGUUUGCUUGACUUGCUUAAAUCGACGUGAUAUUGUUUCUUCUAAAAAUCCAGUCUCUUCCCUGUCUUAAGAGGCAGAGGUAUUCAUAAGGGAAUUCAGAGUAUGGCCAAUGAUCCAUGUUCAUCUUUGACUUGCACACUUUAAUGGUAUUUCUAUUGAAUGUUUCUGAGUACUAUAAACUCAGAAUUGCUUCUGAAGGCAAGCAAACUGUCUCUAUGUCUUACUAGGGUUUUGGAAACGCUUUUUGACCCACUGAAGAGGCAGCAAAAAUUCUUCCUGUGAAGGGAGGGCACUGCUUUUUGUGUGUGUGUAGAUAAUGUGAAUUAGGUCCCAGUGACACAUCCUCAAACUCUUCCAUUGCCUAAAUAAUUUGAACUGAGUAUCUGAUACUGGUAUAUAAAAAUGCUAAGGGUGUUAACACACACACUCUAAUUUCACAACAGAUUAACAACUUAAGUUUAUGAAAGCUAUCUACCAGGUGGCUAACUUUAGCCUAUGAUCAGUAAUGUUUCCUAAGUCAUGAUGCUCCAGCACAACCUGGGGAAGUAUUACUGCAGUCUCAGUUAGAUGUAGAUUAAACCAGUAACCAUUGCUCCUGUGCACUUGAAAUGCCAUUGUUGUAGCAAAUGUUUCGCAUGUAAAAGGGAUUAUGACGUAGUUAUUUGAGGACUGACGGCAGGGGUAUGGCCCAGUAGUAGUUGUUGUCCAUUAGCCAUAGCUAGUAGCAAUGGGAGCUGUGUUCCAGGAGCACCUAUAGGGUCACAAGUUAUCCAUCCCAACUGAAAGCCAAAGAUGGACCCUGUACACAGUUCUAGUUUUGCUGCUAAUGGGGCACUUGAUGCAAAGUCUGUUUGGUUCAUUUUUAGUGGUUUAAAAAAACAACAAUCCUGCGAUUAAUUGAAGAUGGGAAAUAGCUUCCUCUUACACAGAAGGCCUUGAGAAAAGCUGUAAAAAGGGAGUAGGUACAUUUUAAUCAUACACUAUGUCUUGGCUGCUGAACCUGGGAGUACAGUUCGAGAACAUAAAAGAACAACCAUACAGUUAUUGAAAAAUUACUGGAUAUGGAGCAACUUCAGCAGGUAGAGGGUAUGUUCUCAGAAUACAAGAACAGGAUGAGAGGACUUGCUCAAAAUGAAGUUUAAAAAAUUAGAAGGUGGAAAACAGUUAACUAGCACUACGAAGGAUGAGUUGUUUUUUCCAAAACCGAAAACAUGCUACACCUGCCAACAACAGUGAUGCAUAGUUAUCACUUUCCUAGCUAGGAACAAGAUGAAACUUGAGCUGCCCCAGAAAUGGUAUUGCAGCUUUAAUUCAGUUGCUGCUAUUUGCAAAUUUCUCUGCCUUAUGUACAGUGUCAAAUGAGAAUUGCGUGUUCCAUUUGAAUUAAGCUUUCUGUGUAUGGAAACGUAUCCCAAACGGCUUAUUUAAGUUUAUUUAAAGUGUUGUUAAAAUAUUGUGAAUAUUUUGUAAAAAGCAAAUAAACCCCUUCAGCCACUAAGUUAGUGCUGCUGUUUUUUGUAUGUCGGCACACAGGAGCCUAGGUAAGGUUUUUGGGGGACAAAAAGUGAGAUUUCAGGUCAGACUCCGCCGAUUGUAUGCAGUAUAUUAAAAGCAAUAGUACUCUCCUACAUGGAUUACAAUGUUAGCUUGCUUGGCUUGACAAGUGGGCAAUCUUUUAAAUUUGCUGUCAAAAGGCCACUUGUACUGACAGAUAAGCAAGUUUUCCUCCUAUUUAGCGUUCACUUUUAACUAAAGUGUAAAUAUAGCUGUCUUACGUCAAAGUUAUUUAUUUACCCACCCCACCCCUGUUGUAAUGUUUUUUCUGCUCUGAUUCAUUUCAAAAACAGACUUUUAUAGCAAGGGUGGAAAUGGUGACGGGGGAAACUAGAGCGACCAAUGCUAUGGCCAUGCACAUGCUCUGAGAGGCUGCUGGAGUGGUCUGACCACUUAGGAUCUGAAU